AUGUUAUCUCUCUUUCUCCAAACUACGACUUCUGCUCACUAUUAUUACAAUAAUAUUGGCUCCCAUUCUAUCCGUAGAUUCAUUGAGGCCAAUGAAACAGUCACAAUUUCUAUAAAUGAUAAUAGAGGUUCAAUAUUUGUCCAUUCACCUCAUCUUUUUAAUUUCAAAUUAAGCGUAAAUUCUUUAAACUACUCAAACUUUAAUAUGGGUAAGGGAAUUUCACUUAUGGGACCCUUCACUUUGGAAAUCACGGCUACGAUCAACACCCAUUUGAAUGCGGAUGUUUUCGUUUCUCCGGACUGUGAUCACAUUUACUAUACUAACUCUACAUACCUUCAUCUCUCCUUAGAUAUUAACACAGAUUCCACGGAUACAUAUUGCAUCCUCGAUGCUUCCACACAUGUACACAAGAUCCGCUAUCAAACAAAUGUUCCAUAUUAUAACCGAAACGUCACGAUCUAUAGAGAAAAUAAUUCACUUCUUAAUUUCAAGACCCAGCCACCUCAGCUUUACUAUAUCUCUCUCAAAGACCUUAAUGAUGAUUCCUAUUUCAAGAUCCAAGUCAAGUCACGCGCCAAAACUAAUUAUACGAACGUUCUUGAGACGAACUCUGUCUCCAAUGGAGUUUCCUAUUUCAGACUCCCAGACAGUGACUCCAUUGAUGGACCUAUCCAAAACAACCCUCCUCCCCAAAAAGAAAUUGGUUACGAAGAUUUAGGUCUAACUGUCAUCCUUACAGAAGCUGCUAACUUUGGAAGUGUCUACGCCUUGAUCUUUAUCGUCUUCUGCGCUAUCUAUCGUUGCUACAAAUGCUGCUCGAAACGGGCGCAAAACCGUGCAGAUAACGAAGCUAUUCCACCAGUUGUUGCUCAACCUCAACAGAAUGUUAAUCGUUACCCUAUCCCAGUCCAACUUCAGCAAUACGCUUACGUUUAUCCACAAAAUGGAAACCUCAAUCAACCAGUCUAUUAUUACGUUGUUCCAGCCCACCAUCUUGAAGCAUGA